UAUGCUCCAUGCUCCAUAAAAACUUCAAAAACAGAGCUUCUAAGGAGGGAAUAAAGAACCGACCAAUUAGUAUUCCAAUUAAAUGAAAGUAUAAGUACAGACUUUCUUAUUCAUAAAAUCUUUUUUUUUCUCAUUUCCUGGCUUAAAAAUGUUUUUCGGAUUGCCAUCCAUAUUAAUGAAGAACAUGUUGAAACCUUUCACAAAGAUCUCACUUUUACACUGGACACAUUGGCUUCACCAAGUUUACCCAAGAUAGAUGAUGACCUAAAAGGAUGAAGAACCCUAUGCUGGAGGCGCUGUCCCAAUUGCUGGAGAAGCUGCUCCUCAUCUCCAACUUCAAGCUCUUCAGUUCGGGCACCCCGGGCGAAGACAAGGCGAGGAAUAGUUAUAAUGAGAUCAGCUCCUUCCUUCGCGGCGACGUGCUGGAAGUGCCCCGGACCCACCUGACCCACUACGGCAUCUACCUGGGCGACAACCGUGUCGCCCACAUGAUGCCCGACAUCCUGUUGGCCCUGACCAAAGACAAGGGGCGCACGCAGAAGGUGGUCUCCAAUAAGCGUCUCAUCCUGGGCGUCAUUGGCAGGGUAGCCAGCAUCCGUGUGGACACGGUGGAGGACUUCGCCUACGGAGCCGACAUCCUGGUCAAUCACCUGGACAAGUCCCUCAAGAAGAAGGCGCUGCUCAACGAAGAGGUGGCGCAGAGGGCGGAGAAGCUGCUGGGCAUAACUCCCUACAGCCUACUGUGGAACAACUGUGAGCACUUUGUGACCUACUGCAGAUUCGGCACCUCGAUCAGCCCCCAGGCCGACAAGUUCUGUGAGAAUGUGAAGAUAAUUAUUCGUGAUCAGAGAAGUGUUCUCGCUUCAGCGGUCUUGGGAUUGGCAUCUAUAGUCUGUCUGGGCUUGGCAUCCUAUACUACCCUUCCUGCAAUUUUUAUCCCAUUCUUCUUAUGGAUGGCUGGCUAACUUCAUAUCCCCAUGUCAGUGUUGUAUUUUGUGUAUAAAUAUGUUUAUAUUUAUAGAGCACAAGUCAGUAUAAGCAUCGUCGAGAAAAAUGUGACCGGUAACACUGUGUUCUGGAUAAAAAUGUGACUAAGAAUCACGCAAAGUGCUUACUGUGUAAGCCCAAGAACAAAGGCUUUCUGAAUCUUCUCAGGCAGUUCCAUUUUAAAGCCCUGUGCAGAUCUUGGAAACGUGACAACUUGUGAUAGAAUUCAUCAUUACAAGAGAACCGACCCCUAAGAUGAUGGCCACAGGAGAGUAUUUAUUUAUUUUUUUUUCUCCUGUAAUCAUUGUUCUUCUCUCUUAGGCCUGAAUUUGAAGAUUAGAAGACCUAUUGAAUGAGACCACUAACUUCGUUGUAAAUUUAUUGUUUCAUUGAAAAACUUAUAUUAAACUAAGAGAAUUUCCCUCGUUCAGAUGAGAACAUGUUUGAUGAUUGGCAAAAAAAAUUCAUGAUCUGUUUUUUUUCCCCAUGUAUUACGUAUAAUUCCCAAUAAGUCAAAAAUACUUUCAUUACUUGAAACCAUGUUGGCGAAGUUAGAGUUUAAUGAUAAAGUAACUGACCAGAACUAUAGAAAUCUGUGUUUUCCUGCAGAAAUAAGCUACUAUAGCAUCAGUUGAACAAUCUGAUUUGGCUUUACUUACUCGGAAGCCUGGCAUUCAUUUUUUCUUUUUUUCCUUUUAUGUGUCACUGUGGUGACAUUAAACCACUCUGAGAGGUAAAUGGAUAUAGGAUUGAAGUAAUUUGUAUACUUGGAGUGUGUAUGUGCCAAUUAAAUAUGCAAAUGUCUGCAUAUACACAGACUGAUGAGAGACAAACGUUGUUCUUGAUUGCUUUAUAAUACCAGUGUGGUUACUAGAGAGCAUUUGUAGAAGUGAAUGUAAAAACAAGUUUAAUCUGUUUUCUUAUGACCUUGCAUCCAUGGUAUAACUUUCAUAUAUGUCAUUGGACGGUUUACUUUUUAAAGCACUUACUAAUGUACUGUAUAAUUUUUAGAAGUCCUCAGAUUUGUCUUCUAACAGAUUUCUUCAUUUCAUUGCAAAGUAUAGUUUCCAUCCUUAAAAGAAGGAUGCCACAAGGAAAUAACUGUCUGAAGUAGUUCCUGAGUGUCUUAGUGCCACCAGGCAUGUAAAUUGAUUACACUGAGGCUGUUUUAAUAUCAAGGUUGAGAUGUAGCACUGUUAAAGCAAGCUUCAAAUACUUUUGUAGACUUACCAAAUUAUAAAAACUAGGCCAUAAGCUAGACUUGCAUUUCAAGUACUAAAAUUGCUUUAUAAACUAUCAGGAAUCACAAGAUAAUGAGUCACAUAAUGAGUGAUAUGGGGAGGGUAGAGUCGGUUACUCAGUGAUCUAACCAGAACAAAUAUAAGAGCAGAUUUUAGUGUAGCUGAUGUUUUACUGCCACUAAUUUACAACAAAUUCAGUUGGAGUUUAAUAAUAACUGAAUUUUGUGUUUAGUCAUUUAAAAUGUUUUUAAAUAGUCAAAACACAAAAUGGCAACACCACAGAAUAAGGGUUCUCUGGGCCUAUUCCAACCACUUAAAAUUAUCUUAAGUAUGUAUACAUGAAAACAAUUCUAUUGUAUUAGUGGUUUUUUACUUACUGUGUAUUACCUUUGUAGCACCUGUUUAAAUAAAUCGAUUUUUUUAAACAUAUGGUGUCCUCCUAAAUAAAUACUUUUUUUGCAGACUUGAGUAUUUCAGGUAGCAAAAACCACUGCCUGAUGUUAAAUCUGUGUUCACAAUAAUAAUCCCUUACUAAAUGCUAAGGGAAGUAUUAAGGUUAGAAUUAACAUAAUUAGUCUUACUUCAUAUCCUUAAAGUAAGAUCCAAUUCCUCAUUCAUUUGGGUGUUCAUUAUAUGC